UUCCUGUUUCAGAGAGUUUCCAGCGGACCACAGACCACAUUCCUCUGUAGGCGCGGCGGACUUUCCCGAGCUGCAGGUGCAGUGGUGAAGGGGGCCCAGUGGGAAAUGGACCUCGAGACGCAAUCAGUGCUCGUUUUCAGGGAGAGUGACGGACUGGUUUGAGUGGUUUUGAGGCCAUGGCGGGCUGCUGGACGGUGUUUCGCCGCACCUGUCUCUGCUGUUUGUCCGAGGAGGAGAAGAGGACCAUCGCUGUGGACAAAGAAAUUAAGAGGAUCCUCAAGCAGCAGAAGAAGAAGGAGAGAAGGGAAAUUAAAAUCCUCCUAUUAGGAACUGGGGAGAGCGGCAAAACAACCUUCAUCCGUCAGAUGAGGAUUAUCCACGGACGAGGCUUCUCAGACGAGGAGAGGAGGGCCUUUGCCAAAUGCAUCUUCCAGAACAUUUUCACAGCCAUGAAGGCCAUGACAGGAGCCAUGACCACACUCAAAAUCCCCUACUCAAACCCAGAGAAUGAGAUCUACGCCAAGUGGCUGCAGGAUGUACACACAGUGCAGAUCUCCCAGCUGGACCGGGGUUACGUGGACGCAAUUCGCCGCCUCUGGGCAGACUCAGGCGUCCGUAUCUGUUAUAACCGCCGCUGCGAGUACCAACUCCUAGACUCCACAGAGUACUACAUGAGUAAUCUGGACCGCAUCUCUUCCCCAGAGUACAUCCCGACAGAGCAGGACGUGCUGCGAGUCCGAUUCCCCACAACAGGCAUCCAUGACUAUUCCUUCACCAUAAAAAACAUCACACUAAGGAUUGUGGACGUAGGUGGUCAGAAGUCAGAGCGUAGGAAAUGGAUUCACUGCUUUGAAAAUGUCACCUCCCUCAUAUUUCUGGCAUCCCUCAGCGAGUACGACCAGGUUCUGGAGGAGAGAGAAACCAUAAACCGGAUGCAUGAGAGUCUGGCUCUGUUUUACACCACCAUCCAUUCUCCAUGGUUCCUCAACACCUCCAUCAUCCUCUUCCUCAACAAGACUGACAUCUUGGCUGACAAAGUCCAGACCUCUGAUCUGCAGAAAUACUUCCCCAGCUUCCGUGGUAAGAGGAGAGACCCAGAGGAUGCAAAGAACUUCAUCCGUAAACUGUACGAGCAGCAAGCAGUCAAUCGUGACAGGAGGGAGGAGUGGAAGACUCUGUACCCACACUUCACCUGCGCCACAGACACAAACAACAUCCGCACAGUGUUCAAUGACGUCAAGGAUACAGUGCUACUCAAAUCUCUCAGGGACUAUGGAGUCAUCUGAACCUUUACUCAGUGUGGAAAAAAACUGGACAAAAGCAGUGAAUUUGUCUCCUCUUUACUCAAGUGAAUUCAGCGCUGAAGAAGGCCGAUAUGCUGCCUUGUUUUCCUCGUAAGAAAUGUCGGAUGGCGAUCAGACCAUUGCCUGUUCUUCAUCCUCAUCUUCAUCUUCUCUCUCAUCAUGUCUAAAUCAAGAAGCAGGUAAAGAAAAAAAGGGACACGUUUGCACUCACCUUUAUCACCAUCACUACCACACUCAGUCCUCUUCUUUCCCUCAAGUAGAAACAUAACAAUCCCUAACAAAGAUGUUAGGGCGACUGAGAGAAACAACAAGACUGAGUGACUGAAGUACUGUGCUGCAAUUAACGGAGUAAUGACUUCUACAAGUGGACAGGGGGUCAUGCUUGAGUACACCAUCCAGUCACAAACACACAAUCAACGUUUAUGUAAACCCACCAGAUGCAUUCAGGUAGAACAGAUUCUCCUUCACAGUAAAAACAAAUAGUUGGUAUUAUGUAGCGAAAAUGGCUAAAUAGAUGAGUUACAUUAUGCUGCAACUUGUUUAUAUUAAACAUCAUGAAUCAGAAGAACAUCUCUCUUUGAUAAGUCUCAUAAAAGAAAGUUCAUUUUAGAAACACUGCCCUCCUGUUAAGAGCGUAAAUCCGUAUUGAUUACUGUUAUCUAACACUGGCCAUAUUUCUUACAUAUUAUCUGUAUUCACCUACACAUUGUUUUGGCCUAAUCAAUAAGGCGCAGGGAGAUUGGGUAACAGUUUAUAAUUUGAAUCCGUGGUUAUAGUGCAUUGUGUUUAAGGAAAUGAAGAAACCAGAUUCCUUAAACGAUUAUAUAUUUGAAUAUUUGAACACGAAUGCAUAUUUUCUAGCCUGUGUUCAAGAGGUCUGCAAAGGUUAAAGAACAAUUCCCUCUAUUGUUAUCCAUUUAUUUCUCUCACCUACUCAUGAAAUCGUAGUUUUCUAUGAAAAGAUAUUUAAGUUUGAUAAUCAGGCAGCUGCACACUGAAUAAGGAGGUAUGUUUUGGUCGGUUUGUAAUUUGUGUUUGGCAUGUUACUGUUUUGCUCAAGUGCCCUUAUUAAGCAACACACUGAAUCCUUAUCUGCCCCCCCCCCCCAUGUCAUAUCCAAAGUCCUGACAGUGAGGUAUGUCAACAACCUGAAAUAUGUUCACUACUGAUGUACUGCCCAGACAGAUUAAUUACGUACAUGACGAAGGAGAUGGAAGUGGCUAUAAUGAAUAUUUGUUAUAAAACUGGAUCACUACUGCUUGUAUAAUAUGUCAGUUUUGCAAAACUUUAGUCAACUCUAUGAAGUGAAGGCAUCUGUCAGCUCAUUGUAAUGAAUAAUUAUUAUUUUCUUUUUUCUUAUUCCUCUUCUCUGCAGUAGACAACCAGGUGUUAAACAACGUGGUUUGUUGAGCAGCCUAAAAGACAGAUAUUUAACCUCCUUAGGGAUGGAGUCUGAAAAUAUUGCUUAAUAAAGGUUUAUUUUUUAACUGAUGGGAAAGUAAAUAUAAAAACUGUACGCAGUCUGCCACAUGAAACUUAAACCUGAUAACAUGUCAUUUUAUCAAAAGUCUGCUGCAUCCAAGUGCCCAAAAGAAAUCAGUUUAAGCUGUUUAAAGUGCUUGAAUGUUUAUUUUCCAUGAUGUCCAAAAUUCUACCUGCGUAAUUUACGAAAUGUCCAGCUGAGUUAAGUUCACAAACAGCAAACAGCCGUCAAAAGAUUCCUGACAGGUUAAUGUAUUCAGGGAGCUCUUCUUUUUAUCGCUCUUCAUUCAACGUCUGCCCUUAGUCACUCAUUUUUGUUUGAGAGAUUCUGUAAUGCUUUUUACAACCAUCUUCAUUUAAUUUUUUCUGUCAGCUCAAUUCAAUUAAUACACUUCUGUAUAACCAAUGCCAUACAUUUGAAUGAAAAAACACACUUUGGGGACCAAAGGUCACCACUGAGGGAACUGAGACUUGUUUGUCCUGCAAGCAAACAAUCGAUUGGGACUGAGUUCAAACCGAUAAUUGUGAAAAAUAUCCAACUGGUGAUCUGCUGGCUAAAGGGUAAUGAAUAUUAAUACAAGGUAGCAGUGUGAACUGUCUGUGGGUCCCAUUUAUGUUAUUUAGUUUGAAGAGGGGAAGUUAAUAAUAUUGAUAGGUAGCAUGAGGUUGGCCCCUUUGUGCGUCAUUGAGCGUUGAGUGUGAGUGGAGUGGAAAAUAACUGAAUUUUGUUUUAAAUUAACUGACCUUAAUGGGAAGUGUUUUAUAGCACACAGUGUUUUUUUGUACAUGGUUUUCAGCUGCUGUUGUAAUUGUGUAUAAAAUGUUUGUGAUCUCUUCCCUUCUCCACAGAUGUGCUAGUUGUUUUAUUGAAUCUUAUGAUGCCUUCAAACAAAAUCAUCCUUUUCUUUUGUAUAUUUACUGAUGACAACUGUCCUUUUGAUUGAUUUUUUAAACUGCUGUAUUUUUGAAGAUUGGUACACAGCUGUGAGUAGAGUGUGUUUGCUGCUGAACUUCUUUUCUGCAUUGGAAAACCUCUCAUACGUAGACAGUAAAUUAAGUCAUGUAGACUCAGGUGAAGGAAGUGGGCAAAUAUAUAUUUUUUUUAGUUAAAAUUAAAAAAAACUUUUGUCUAAUA